GUUCAGGAAGAUAACGAGAGGUGAGUGGCUGACGCAGAGCUCGUGUUGUGUUACCACAGGCUCGUAUCAGGUUACCGUGGACGGCAGGUUGAGUGAAACUGCAGCGGUCGUCAGUUCGCUGGGGAUUUGAACAAAAACAGGAACUAGGAGCAACAAAGGAUUUUUUUUUGAAAGAAGCUAAAGAAGCGAACACUUGUUGCCUGUUGUUUUUCAGGAGAGCGUUACCAUGGGUGAGACGACACAACACGCUCUGCUGCUUCUGCUGUGUCUGUCUGGGCUCGUUCACCUUUCAGAUGCCUUCGUGUUCUGGACAGCCGAGGUGGGAAUAAGCUAUGCUGAGAACGACAACAAGACCGUGGACAAAAGGUGCGAGUGUGGCGUGUUUGGUCGUAACUCCCCCCUGGAGGGAGUCGAAGGUGUUGUUCAGCUUCCCACCAGAGACCCCGAGGGAUGCGGGCUGAAUCCGGGCUACAAACGUAAUGCCAACUUAUCGGCCUGGAUAGCCCUGGUCAAACGGGGCAACUGCACCUUCAGCGAGAAGAUCAAUAUCGCCAGGCGUCUCGGAGCGGUUGGCGUGGUGGUGUACAAUGCGGACGGCACCGGCGACAGCACCACUCAUAUGUCUCACACGGGCACAGGGGACACCGUGGCCAUCAUGAUUGGCAAUUCUCAGGGCCUGGAGGUAUUAAAUCUGGUGGAGAAUGGGACAAAUGUGUUUAUGACUAUUAAAGUGGGCAGCCCCCAUGGACCCUGGAUGGACACCUACUGGCUUUACUUCCUGUCCAUCGCCUUCUUCAUCGUGACAGCCGCCUCCAUCGCCUACUUUGGGUUUAUCUCCGCAAAUCGCCUGUACAGCAUGAGACAGCAGAAGAGCUUCGACAGGAGGCUGAAGUCUGAGGCCAAGAAGGCCAUCAGCCGCCUCCAACUGCGCACACUCCAGAGGGACGACGAGGAAACUAUGUCCGACUCCCACAUGUGUGCCGUGUGCAUCGAGUCCUACCGGGUCGGCGAAGUGGUGACGGUGCUCACGUGCGACCACAUCUUCCACAAGCCCUGCAUCGAGCCCUGGCUGCUGGAGAGGAGGACCUGUCCCAUGUGCAAGUGUGACAUCCUGAAGGCCCUGGGGAUCGAUGAUGAGAGCAAGGAGAGCAUUUCCGAUCACUCGCCAGAAGAGGUCACUGUGAUCACGGUGGCAGGAGGAGAAGCCCUCUACGACGUCCCGCUGACUGGCCCGGCGAGCACCGACCCAGAGAGGCAGCAUCGCUAUGACAACAGGGCCUAUGAGGAAGACACAGAGGCUGCGAGAGACUGAACAACAGCGACAAAACAAAACAGCAACCUUGGAUACGCUGAGCCAGCAGAAUUAUAGAACUUUAAUCUUCCAACAGGAGAAACUCUGUUCAUCUUGCAGCCUAACGCAGGCGUGCUAAGAACAAGAUUGAGAUUAAUAAAACAACAACAAUCUAAGGAUUUUAAAUGUUAAUGGACGUUGUCUAAUUAGCUUUGCAUGCAACUGCAUUUUCUUUGCAUCCUUCUCGACACAAGUGUGUAAUUAUUGGUAAUUCUUGGGUUUGUUGAUGAAGUGACCUAGGGAGGGUUAGAAUAGAUUCUGGAAACUGAUUAGUCGUGGAGGGAUACCGGUGUCAAAUGACUGUUUUGCAUAGUGAACACACCUGGUAGGGAGGAGGUGCAGCAAAGCAUUUGAAUACGUGUUUGAAAUCAAGGCCAAAUUUUCCUCCUUGUCAGCUUCUCUCUGUCCCUCAGAACUUAUCCGAUGUCUUUUCAAUCCACAGAAGACUUUGUUCCACUCAGUUGAUUUCAAACUAUUUCAUUUCCCCCUGAUCUUCUCUAAAUGGAAUUUUUUGUGUGUUUCCAUUCGGUUUUUUUUUCCCCCUGUCAUGUUACCAAACGUGAUUCACAUAACGCACCCUGUCGAACACACCCUGGACUGGAACUGCAGCAUGACACACAUAGCACUGUGAUGAGCUGGAGACAUCAGCCUGAGAGCCUGGCGUUCUUCCAAAACACAAAGUCCAUGGAAACAUGUUUACCACACAGGAGUUGUUCUGGUUCUUCCUGAUUGCUGGCUGGUUAACAGCUACUUCUGAGAAACAGAAAUAUGGCGGUGCAAUAAAUGUCGAUGAUUUGCCUCAGAAUGCGUGAAAGUGACGCGUUCUGGUUUGAUGAAAUAAUAUUCGGUGGAGCAGUUGCACUUUUUGGACCCCGGCUGUAUAUUGAGAUAUAAUAUCAUACGGAGAUUGAUCGGUCACGAAGUUCAACCUGUUAAAUUAAAGGGAAAACGUAAACUACGUAAACAGCAGAUUUUCAUUUAAAGGACCAAUUGUUGUCUUUGAGCAGGUUUUCCAGGGUUGUACCUUUUUGGUUAUAUGGAAAUGUUUAUUCAAUCCCUGUGGUCUACCUCUGAGCUCACAUUUAUAUUAUACAAACACUUAAAGAUACUUUAAUUCCAAGACUGAGUGUGUAACUCGGUUAAUUUCUUUGUUUGCUGGUGGGGAUAAAGUGAUUAUGGGACUUAACAUAUGACUUAAUAUAUUUUUCUAUAUUGAAUCAUUUUCACGGCUGUUGUACAGAUUCCAGGAGUCUUAAAUUGUUCUGUUUAAAAAUGUACAUGACCGGUUGUAUUAAAUCACAUUGAUGCUUAUUAGAAAUGCAAUAAAUCCCUCAAAGUGAGGCCAACUUUA